GGUUUAACAAGGCUAUCUUUCCAGCCGUACAGCUUUAAACAGCUUCAGCAGAUCAUCACGUCCCGGCUGAACAAGGUGAAGGCCUUUGAGGAGGACGCACUACAGCUUGUGUCCAGGAAGGUGGCUGCUCUGUCGGGCGAUGCUCGCCGAUGUUUGGACAUUUGCCGCAGGGCGACAGAGAUUUGCGGACACUCUGCUGCAGACACUUCUUCCACAGGAUUGGUGGGAAUGAGUCAUGUGAUGGAUGCGCUGAAUGAGAUGUUUUCCUCUGCUUACAUCACCGCCAUCAAGUGUGUGUCGGUGCAGGAGCAGCUCUUCCUCAGAGCCAUCAUUGCAGAGUUUCGGCGGCUGGGAUUGGAGGAGGCCACUUUCCAACAG